GUUUUGUGCAGACUUGCCUCCGAGGGGUAUAGACUGUAGAGUAUUCCGCGAGUACACAUGUGCGGAAUGCGAUAGGAAGCUGUACGUGCCCGGAACUUCCGUACUGCAGGAUUACGUGUUACGACGUUAGAUAGGUACGGGCUUGCGCGCUCGAAUCGUCUUUUUCUUCAUAUGGCAAGAGUCCAUGUGUGUGGAAUCCCAGUACUAUCUAUGGCUAUCAUAUCCCUACUCUGUUCUAUUAUAGUACUGUUCUAUAUGCACUCUGAGUCUCAGUCUGAGUGUACUCUAUCUACCGUCUACCUCUCAUACGCGAUCUACUCAUACAUCCAUACAUGACUACGGUAGUAAACCAAGUAGUCAGUCAAGUAUAGAAUAAAAAUCCCAUACUCUACUCUACUAUUACUGUGUUCUCCUGUAUAGUUCAGUCCUCUUAAAACAGUACUUAGGGCCGCCUUCUUAUCAACCGUCAGGCUCGAGAACAGAGUCGUAUUUCUCUCUAAUAUAGCCCCGCAAACCCGCCCAAAACCCAACCCCGCGACAAACUCAAAAAAGUGCCUGAAAUACACACACUAUAGUCCUAUAGUACUCUUCUGCGAAGAGACUAGGAGUACUUUUUCAUCUCACAGACGCGCCCAUCGUGCCCACUCCGGAAGUAGAGCCGCUUGUCGUCGCUUCGUCCAGUUUCCAUAUUUAGUGUCCUGCAAGACCCUCCAUGCACCAAGCACCCUGAACAACUUUGAGAUUCCCUCAUUCCACUACAACUACCCCGCGACACCCUCAAAAACCAACACCCCCCCAACAGCCACCAAACCCCCUCAAACUCAGGAAUCACAGUAGCCACGACAGGAUCUGGCGCUCUGUGUCCCUCUUCUCCGGCUGAUUUCUCCCUCCCACGCGCGCGAUCAGACGAUUCCCCGUGUCGACACUCACCACCCAUGAGGACGGUAUAACCGCCUAAACACAGCAUGGCACCUUCCACCGACCUGUCCGCACCAGCAGCAGACACCUCCGACUCCUCCCCCCUACCCGCCGACACCUCGAAUCCCGUCUCCGCUGCCCCGAGCGGCGAGAGAAUGUCCUCCAUGCGCUCCAUCUCCGACCCUCCACGCCAUCAAUCGACGAUGUCGUCCUCGUCAAACCCAAUCGGCGUGUUGAACAAUGCGAGGAGACCUGCGGUGCGCUCGUCGAUACCGGCGAGUACGGUGGCUUCGGGCGGUCUGCCGCAGGAUAUGCAGGCGAAGAUGAGGGCUUUCCAUUUGUCGCGCCAAGGGACGCCGCCGGGUGGACGACCGUCGGCUUCAUCUCCGGGAUCGUUUGCAUCGCCGGGCGACGCGAAUGGCGGGUUGGCAGGAGGACUGCGGUUGCCAAUGGGUAAUAGGCCACAGCUGCCUCAGGGACUUGUCUCGGCGCCUGCAGUUCCACGACAGGGCGGCAAACCGUCACUGAGCGAGCGCAGAAACAUGCCGAAGUUAGGUGGAUUACCGGGAAGUCCUGUUGCUCCCGCAGCGAGCCCUUCUUUGAGCCUCAACGGCAGCGCGAAUCCGGCGGCGAACAAAGCUGAUACGGGGUCGAUGUUCAACAAGUUCUCGAACUACGUUGAUACGGAGAAGGGAACGCUUCGGUUUGCGGGGAAGGCUGUUAUCCAUGGUCAGGGCAUUGAUUUCUCGAGCGGUAAUAAUUUCAGUAUAUCCCUGGACGAGGUAGAUACCCUCGAGGAGCUGGGGAAGGGAAACUACGGAACGGUCUAUAAGGUGCGCCACACGCGGCCACGGCAACAGAGGCUUGGGUUAGGUCUCCAGGUUCGCUCCUUAGCACCCAAUGCCUUGGCUGGGGAAAACGGCGAUUCCGCAGACUCGCCCCUGGCCAAGAACUCCACGGGCGUCAUCAUGGCAAUGAAAGAAAUCCGUCUCGAGCUCGACGAAGCCAAAUUUGCCGCCAUAAUCAUGGAACUCGACAUCCUCCACCGCUGCGUCUCGCCCUACAUCAUCGAUUUCUAUGGCGCCUUCUUCCAGGAGGGCGCGGUGUACAUCUGCAUCGAGUUCAUGGACGGCGGGUCGAUCGAUAAAAUCUACGGCGACGGGGUGCCCGAGAACGUGCUCAGGAAAAUCACAUACGCUACUACGAAGGGGUUGAAGGAGCUGAAGGACGUGCACAAUAUCAUUCAUCGCGACGUCAAGCCGACGAAUAUCCUGGUCAACACGCGUGGUCAGGUGAAGAUCUGCGAUUUCGGCGUCUCGGGGAACCUGGUUGCUAGUAUUGCGAAGACGAAUAUUGGGUGUCAGUCGUAUAUGGCGCCGGAGAGGAUUUCGGGGGGUGGAGUCACGCAGGCCGGCGCGAAUCCGAGUAGUGGGACGUAUUCGGUGCAGUCGGAUGUUUGGUCGCUGGGGUUGACUAUCAUUGAGUGUGCUAUGGGAAGGUACCCGUAUCCGCCGGAGACGUAUAACAAUAUCUUUAGCCAGCUUUCCGCAAUCGUCGAUGGCGAACCCCCUGACCUCCCCGCGGAGGGCUACUCCGACAUAACCCGCGACUUCGUGCGCGGCUGCCUCCACAAAAUCCCCAAGCUGCGUCCUACAUACUCCAUGCUCCUCCAACACCCCUGGCUCGCCGACCUCUCCAAGCCCGACGUCAUUAGCGAGGAAGAUGAUGAUGAGGUGGCCGAAGAAGACAGUGCUGCUGACAGCGCUGCUGACGGCGUCACCGACGGUACCACCGCCGCUUCUACAAACGGCACCACCACCACCAAAUCCUCCUCCUCCACCUCUGAAGACCCCGCAUACGAUGACGAAGUCGCGCAAUGGGUCAAAUCGGCGCUUGAGAGGAAGGCGUCGGGACUGAUGGGGUCUAGUGCUAAACCUGCUUUACAUGCCGCACCGCUGGACAGUGUGAGCUCGCCUGCUGUGUAGAUGUGUUGAUGCUGGGGCUGGGCCCCAGGAUUAUACUGCUUUAACUCAUUACCAUGUAUACGCUCCUCCCUUCCCUCUUCCAGGUUGGGAAUUUGGAAUUCGGAAGAAGGGGCUUUGAGAAUCGAUUAACCGCUCCCCGCACUCAUCCAACUACGCAUGACUAGCAAACCAAGAAACCUGGGAAUACAGCAAAUACAGUCUUUGAGCAGCACCGCGGUCCGGUGCACUGCACCCAGUGCAUUUCGGAAAUCCCGCACCAGGCCAGGACAGAAACAGCGGUGUCGCUCGAGCUCCUAGCUGUGGUUAUCACAACCCCCUUGUCAGGAAGAGAUGGAGACAGAAACGAUCCGCUGGAUGAUGGGAGGGUGAUCUUAUCUCCUUAUUCUGCAGCUCGAUUGCUGAGUGCGUGCUUGGUUCAUUCACGCGGCUACCCGCUGGGGUGCGGUGUGCAGAUUCUUUGUUCGGGGAGUUGCACAAGGGUGGUCAACUACAAGGGGAAUUAUGGGUGAGGGACUGGACUAUCACAUAGGUGUGAGAAACGUCAUGGGGGAGGUGAUUGUUUCUCUAGUGGUGUGGGGUGUGAGGGUGUAGAAAUUUUUGUGUAUAAUGUGGAGGGUGAAGAUAGGAGGUGAGGAAAUAUGUGGUUAGAUCUAUGGUGCGUGUCUUUCUUUGUGUGAAAUGGUGAUGUGAUUUUUCUGUGGUGAGUGUGUGUGGAUGUGUGGAUGUGGUAUGUGAUGGGGAUAUGUAAGUGGUGGUGAUAGGUGAUGAAAGGAGGUUUUGGUCUACUUUUUUACUUUCCACACAGUUGGAGGAUAACAUUUUGUGGGAAUCAGAAAGCUUCUGCAAUUUGGUGUGUUACAACUUCUGAUAACUUUUGAUAACUUUUCUACAACAACUUCCUAAUCUGGACCAGGAGCAUGAGCAGGAGCAGGGGA